UCUCAACCCACUUUCCCUUUCGCAUUUCAAAUUCUCAAAAUUCAGACUCCCUCUCAUUCUCUGCAACACUUGCUCUGUUCAGCCCAGACGUCUUUGUAUACGUCUUAGGGUCCUUCCUUUUCUCACAAACAAGAAACCAAAACCAGAGCGAAAAUGAGAGAGUGCAUUUCAAUCCACAUUGGUCAGGCUGGGAUCCAAGUGGGUAACGCCUGCUGGGAGCUCUACUGCCUUGAACACGGCAUUCAGCCUGAUGGCCAAAUGCCAAGUGACAAAACUGUGGGCGGCGGAGACGAUGCCUUCAACACUUUCUUCAGUGAAACCGGGGCCGGAAAGCACGUUCCCCGCGCCGUGUUCCUUGACCUUGAGCCCACCGUCAUUGAUGAGGUGAGGACCGGAACUUACCGUCAACUGUUCCACCCAGAGCAACUCAUCAGUGGCAAAGAAGACGCUGCGAACAACUUCGCCAGAGGCCACUACACAAUUGGGAAGGAGAUUGUGGAUCUCUGCCUUGACCGAAUCAGGAAGCUUGCGGAUAACUGUACUGGGCUUCAAGGGUUUCUGGUGUUUCACGCUGUUGGAGGCGGGACUGGGUCUGGUCUUGGUUCUCUCCUCUUGGAAAGGCUCUCUGUAGAUUAUGGCAAAAAAUCAAAGCUUGGGUUCACAGUUUACCCAUCUCCUCAGGUCUCAACCUCUGUUGUCGAGCCUUAUAACAGCGUCUUGUCCACUCACUCGCUCUUGGAGCACACCGAUGUGGCUGUCCUUCUCGACAACGAAGCCAUCUACGAUAUCUGCCGUAGAUCGCUCGACAUUGAGAGACCCACUUACACCAACCUGAACAGGCUUGUUUCUCAGGUUAUUUCCUCACUCACUGCUUCUCUGCGUUUUGAUGGGGCUCUCAAUGUGGAUGUGACAGAGUUCCAGACCAAUUUGGUUCCCUACCCAAGAAUCCAUUUCAUGCUCUCCUCUUAUGCACCGGUCAUCUCAGCCGAGAAGGCCUACCAUGAGCAACUCUCCGUGGCGGAAAUCACCAACAGCGCCUUCGAGCCGGCUUCUAUGAUGGCGAAAUGUGACCCAAGACAUGGGAAAUACAUGGCCUGCUGCUUGAUGUACAGAGGAGAUGUGGUUCCAAAGGAUGUGAAUGCUGCUGUGGCCACAAUCAAGACCAAGAGGACCAUCCAGUUUGUGGACUGGUGCCCAACUGGGUUCAAGUGUGGCAUCAACUACCAGCCUCCUACUGUUGUUCCUGGUGGAGACUUGGCCAAGGUGCAGAGAGCUGUUUGCAUGAUUUCCAACUCUACCAGUGUGGCUGAGGUGUUUUCGAGGAUCGAUCACAAGUUCGAUUUGAUGUACGCGAAGCGGGCGUUUGUGCAUUGGUAUGUUGGGGAGGGAAUGGAGGAAGGGGAAUUUUCGGAGGCCAGGGAGGACUUGGCUGCUCUUGAGAAGGAUUAUGAGGAAGUUGGGCUUGAGUCUGCUGAAGGUGAAGAUGAUGAAAAUGACGAGUAUUAGAAUUAGAUAGUUAAUUUUCUUUUUAUCUUCAAAGCUGUUGUUGGGUUUUGCUUGCCAAUGGACUUAUUGGUCUGUUGCAACUUUUACAAUCAGCUAGCCUGUAUUCUGUAAUUGAUUUGAAUUUAGGUUUAAUUGAUGGAUGAUUUCUUUUA